AUGGACGUUACUAUAUUGUCUGAGACUAAAGUGAGACAGUAUACAAAAUCUAUUUUGAGAGGACUUGAGUGUGUUCACAAGAAAGGUAUUGUUCAUUGCGAUUUGAAACCUGAGAAUAUAUUGAUGGUGAAGGAAGAAGACGACGAUGAGGAUUUUGUGGCUAAAAUAUCGGAUUUUGGACUUUCGAAAAAGAUGUCUGACGAUUGGAUGACUCCUAGUAUUGUGAAAGGAACAAAAGUUUAUUGGGCUCCAGAAUGUGUAGAAGAUGAAAUUCAAGAACAGUGUUCGGAUAUAUGGGCACUAGGUUGUAUUGUUUUAUAUAUGCUAACAGAUGGAAGUAUAAGAUGGAACAACAAAAUAAAUGAAACUAUGUCUAAAGAUGCUAAAGAUUUUCUCGUCAAGUGUUUUGAAGCCAAUCCAUUGGAAAGACCAUCCGCCACCAUGCUUUUGAGUCAUCCAUUUGUAGGUGGGAGUGGAUUUAUUAAUAAAGUAAUUCCUAAGAGAAAAAAGAUAAAGAACUCUUAA